UGCGUGUCACCGUCAAAUCGACUUUCGCGUGGCAAUAAAAGAGGGCGGGGAAGUGCGGAGAGAUUGCAUGUCGAGAUGUGCUGCAUCUCCGGAGAGCGAUUAUUCAGCUCGUCGUCUAGUUUGCUUACUUUCUAAAAACCAUGAAGUGCCAGGCUAUACGCUCGCCAUUUGACUUGCUCGCAGUCAAGCCAAGUAACGUCCUCCGUGGAAAAUAAAAGAGGAGGGGAAAAAAAACAACAAAGGGGGCCGUACACCAUGCAAGCCUGCCCGUGACUCAUUCGCGAGCGUUUGCAGCGACAGAGGAAAGCUUUAAUUAGCUGCAUUUUCCUUUUCACGCCGCUCAGUGGACGAAGCGAGCGCGCACUCGUCUUUUCUUUCUAUAUUUUCCUUCCCUCCCCUCCCCUCCCUCGGCUCUGUCUGAAGCCAGUGGGAAAGAGAUGUUGCACCUCCGCGCAAGAGUUGCUCCACAACAAGAAUGUCACCGACUUCUGCAGGAGCUCAGAUUCAAGUACUGACCGCAUCUGCCGUUCACUGCGCGCGCUGAUUUCUUUUUUGUGUGUUAUUUGGGAUUGGAACCCCAGUUGGACGCGGCCGGAGUCGAGUUAAAAUAAAUUUUCCACGAGAGGCUUCGCCAUUCAACAAGCUGGCAGCGAGGAGGCAAUGGGCGCAUCGAGCCUCCUUCACGGACCGCGUCUUGCUUGUAUUCUUGCCCAGCUUGUUGAAUCUCCGCGGUGACGAGCGAGCCACGAUGCCCUCGCGUUAACAACUUCUCGUGAUUGCACCAUUCAUCUCUCGAUUUUUAUUUCAUAGUAAAACAUGGCUCGUCCCGUUCUAUUCGCCGAGCUGGGCUCCGUGUGGACAUUGUUUUGCCUCAUGCGGACUGCGCUGGAUUUGGCUGUGGCUCAGGAGACGUACGCGCCGCAUUCGAUCCGGACCGAGGGCCACUUGACCCUCGGCGGACUUUUCCCAGUGCACGCCAGGGGGGUGGACGGCGCGCCGUGCGGGGACCUGAAGAAGGAGAACGGCAUCCAGCGGCUCGAAGCCAUGAUGUACGCUCUGGACCAAAUCAAUCAGGACGAGCAACUCUUGCCCAACAUCACCCUGGGCGCCCGGGUGCUGGACACUUGUUCGAGGGAUACCUACGCGCUGGAGCAGUCGCUAACUUUCGUGCAGGCCCUCAUCACUAAGGACACCUCAGAUGUUAGGUGCACCAACGGGGAGCCGCCGGUCUUUGUCAAGCCUGAAAAAGUGGUGGGAGUCGUCGGAGCCUCCGCGAGCUCUGUAUCGAUCAUGGUUGCCAACAUCCUACGCCUCUUCCAGAUCCCGCAGAUCAGCUAUGCAUCAACCGCUCCGGAGUUGAGUGAUGACAGGCGCUACGACUUCUUCUCAAGGGUGGUUCCUCCAGAUUCCUUCCAGGCCCAGGCCAUGGUGGACAUAAUUCGAGCAAUGGGAUGGAGUUACGUCUCCACAGUCGCCUCCGAGGGCAGCUAUGGAGAGAAAGGAGUGGAGGCCUUCACGCAACUCUCCAAAGAAGCAGGUGGGAUCUGCGUGGCCCAGUCUUGGAAAAUCCCGCACAACCCCAAGAUGGAGGAUUAUGACAAAGCCAUCCAACAACUGCUGGAAACUCAGCACUCCAGGGCAGUCGUCAUCUUCGCCAAUGAAGAAGACAUACGGGGAGUCCUCAAUGCCACGAAGAGGGCCAAUCACGUGGGUCAUUUUCUGUGGAUUGGAUCUGACAGCUGGGGGGCCAAAAGCAGUCCCAUCCACCACCUGGAGGAUGUAGCAGUGGGCGCCAUCACCAUACUGCCCAAACGCUCCUCUAUCAAAGGGUUUGAUGAAUACUUUACCGCACUCACCCUGGAGAACAAUCGUAGGAACGUUUGGUUUGCUGAAUUCUGGGAGGAGAACUUUGACUGCAGGCUUCUCAGUGCAUCCAAGAAAGAAGACACUAGUCGGAAAUGCACAGGCCAAGAACGCAUCGGGAUUGACUCCAAGUAUGAGCAGGAAGGGAAGGUGCAGUUUGUGAUCGAUGCGGUGUACGCCAUGGCCCACGCGCUGCACAACAUGCAGAGGGACUUAUGUCCCGACCAUCCUGGCGUCUGUCCUCAGAUGGAGUCCGCCGAAGGAAAAACUUUGCUCAAGUACAUCCGCAAUUCCAGCUUCAACGGCAGUGCUGCCACCCCGGUUGUCUUUAAUAAGAAUGGUGAUGCUCCAGGACGUUAUGAUUUGUUCCAGUUCCAGAUGACCAACUCCUCCAUCCUGGAGUAUAAGGCGGUCGGACAGUGGGCGGAGAGCCUCCAGCUCAGGCUAGAGGAGCUUCAGUGGCCCGACGGGGAGCAGGAGCUGCCCAUCUCUGUGUGCAGUCUGCCUUGUAAGACCGGAGAGAGAAAGAAGAGGGUCAAAGGGAUACCGUGCUGCUGGCACUGCGAGCUCUGUGACGGAUACCAGUACCAGUCUGACGAAACCUCCUGCCGCCUGUGCGCGUACAACAUGAGGCCCAACCCCAACAGGACCGCCUGCCAGCCCAUCCCCAUUACCAAACUGGAGUGGCACUCCCCUUGGGCAGUCAUCCCUGUCUUCUUGGCCAUGCUCGGCAUCAUCGCCACCAUUUUCGUCAUGGCCACGUUCGUUCGCUACAACGACACGCCCAUCGUGCGCGCGUCGGGCCGAGAGCUGAGCUACGUGCUGCUGACUGGCAUCUUUCUGUGCUACAUCAUCACCUUCCUGAUGAUCGCCAAGCCCGACGUGGGCGUGUGCGCCUUCAGGAGGAUCUUCCUGGGUUUGGGCAUGUGCAUCAGCUACGCGGCGCUGCUCACCAAGACCAACCGCAUCUACCGGAUCUUCGAGCAAGGCAAGCAGACUGUCACGGCCCCGCGCUUCAUCAGCCCCACCUCCCAGAUCGCCAUAACGUCCAGUCUGAUCUGCGUGCAGCUGCUGGGCGUGCUGGUGUGGUUCGCCGUGGACCCCCCCAACACUAUUAUCGACUAUGAUGAGCAAAAAACAAUUAACCCCAUGCUGGCUCGUGGCGUACUCAAGUGCGAUAUCACAGACUUGCAGAUCAUCUGCUCGCUGGGUUACAGCAUCCUCUUGAUGGUGACGUGCACCAUCUACGCCAUCAAGACGAGAGAUGUCCCCGAAGACUUCAACGAAGCCAAACCCAUCGGCUUCACCAUGUACACCACCUGCAUCGUGUGGCUGGCUUUCAUCCCCAUUUUCUUUGGCACGGCCCAGUCUGCUGAGAAGCUCUACAUCCAGACGACGACCCUGACCAUUUCCAUGAAUCUCAGUGCCUCGGUAGCACUGGGCAUGCUCUACAUGCCCAAGGUGUACAUCAUUAUCUUCCAUCCCGAGCUCAACGUACAGAAGAGGAAACGUAGCUUCAAGGCGGUGGUGACAGCCGCGACCAUGUCGUCACGCUUGUCCCAGAAGCCCAGUGAGAGACCCAACGGAGAAGCCAAGACUGAGCUAUGUGAGAACCCUGCUGCUGACCCUAUGAGUCAAGCCACCAAGAAGACGUACGUGAAUUAUAACAACCUCAGGAUCUGAUGUGCUGGAGAAUGAAUGCUGCUCGUGUGUCAUUUGUGAUUGAAAAGAAAAAGGGAAGCUCCAGAGGAACCAGGAGAGGCUUGCGAGCAUCCCAGCACGUCCUGCAGCACCCGAGCGCUCACACAGAGGAUGGCGGAGCGCAUCCAACCUCCAUCCGGACUUGAGUGAGACUACGUAGUGCUGCGGGCUGCUGCGACUACAUCUUGUGGAGGUUUUAACCCGGCGGCCUCGAGCAGAGAAGAAGCUGACCGCUAAAAGGGGUCGCCGCGGACGAGGGCAUAAAGAACAGAGGAUGUGCUUUUGAGAUACUUUGUUUUACAAUGUCAUUAAAGCCAUAUUCUCUUGGGGUUGCCAUUAUCUGAUUUUUCUUCUGUAUUGUUUCUAAGUGAUUUUCUUCUGUGCCUCUAUUUGCUCCAAGUACAUCAAAUUGAACCUUGAACAGCGAGCUCUGCCACAUACAGUAUUUUGUUUUACACAAAUGAAAUUUUAAAAAGAAAAAAAAGUCUAACCCACAUGAUGAUUAUAUUUGAGUGAUGGGCAUUGUACUAUAUUUUUUGUAAAUAUUUGAGACUAUUUUCAUGUUUGGAGUACUAAAAUAGAUAAGCGGUCUGUGUUCAAUGGCAUUUGGAUGGUAAUGAGAAGCACCACAAAGUGUUGACUUUGCAUGUGCCAAUGUAUGUUUGUUCUAUUUGAUGUAAGCAAAACAUUUAAAAAAACGAAAAAAAAAAUCUAAGAAAUAAAAGCUAAUGAUAAUGAGCUUCGGCACUCUCCUGCGCUUUGUUUUCUCUUCCCUGGAAAUCAUUCAAAUGACAGAAUAUGGCUUUAAUCUGUUGCUGCAUUGACCCCUCUUGUAUGUGAAAGCAUGUUUGUUUUUUGUAGCCUUUCCUUGUGGUACCUAGCAACUGUGUGACAAGCACUCACAGCGACCGUGCAAGUAUGUUGUGAUGUCUGUCAAUUUAUGAACAUGUAAUAAAUGAGUUUGUUAUCUUUUAUACAACCCAA